AUGAAUCAAAUCAGACAAAAUGAGAAAAGAGGACUUGGUGCAAAAUGUAAAGCAGACAGCGAUUGUGGUUGUCCAUACGUUUGUCGUUUUGGUGGUCAAGAUACAUAUAAAUGCCAAAUAACUGAUACACGAGGAUAUCAAGAGGCAUGUCCUAGGUGUCCUGGUAUUAAGGCGUGCGCGAAAGGUCUAAGAUGUGUUCCUGAUAAUAAUUUUAACUACAAGUGUCUCGGUAUGCUAGAUAUCGGAGCUGGAUGUGAUAGUGAUGAUAGAUGCAUUAACGGACUCUGUCGUAAGUACGGUGAAGGUGCAAAUACAUGUCAAUCAAGUGAUACACGAAAACUCGGAAAGACUUGUUAUGGUAGAAAUGCGUGUGCUAACCAUGAUAACAACGACCAUAUAACGUGUGACUUUAAUAGUAAUCGUAAGAGAGUAUGUUGUGACAGUUUAAAAGACAGUUGCCCAUUAGGUCCAUAG